AUGCCGAGUUCGCAGGCGAACACUCACGACCGUGAGGAUGCUACGAUGGCGGAUGUCCCUCCCAGCGCCCAGGUAGACGACCAGGAGAUGAAUGAGGAGACUGAGGAGGAGGAAGAGGAGCUUCCUACCCGAAUCAGGAUUCUCCCUGGCUCUGUGGAUAACGCUGCCUCUUUUGAGAUCUUGGACGAGGGACACACCCUUGGCAACGCUUUGCGAUGGGUCAUUAUGAAGAACCCUGAUGUCGAGUUCUGCGCGUACACUAUCCCUCACCCCUCGGAAUCCAAGAUGAAUGUCAGGAUCCAGACGUAUGAAGGAACCGCGGUAGACGCCCUGCAAAAGGGGCUUAGGGACCUCGCUGAUAUCUGCGAUGUCGUCUCCGCUGAGUUUACCGAGAAACUGGACGAGUUCAAAUCGUCGUAG